GAGAUGACGUAGUAGCCCGGAGCCUGAAGGUGGACGGCAACUUCCGGUUCCUGCUUACUGUCUUAGAAAGCAAAAGGGAGGAAGAGGAUCAGUUUUGUGAUUCUCCAGCCAGUUCCAUUAGUCUUCUUAUAAUGAAAAAAACCCUGCGGAAAAACCAAGGCGAGCGUUACCGCCUAAAGUUCCGACGUCUCUGUCGUGCAGCCAAAGUGCUGGUUUAUGAGAAUGCAGCCCUGUGUGAUGAGAUUGCCAGACUGGAAGCCAAAUACCUCCGUGUGCGUGAAGAACGCCGGUUCCUGUUGGCUCGCCUGCUGCAGGCACAAGCCCUGGCAGAAGAAGAGCCUCCUGUGCCGACCAUCGCUGCCGUUUCGCAGCCCUCGCCAGAGGAGCUGGUUGUCCGCAAACCGCGCCGGGAACGCAAAGGCAAAGAGAACGGGCGGGCAUCAAAGCGCAGGGUGGCAUCCGAGCUUGGCAUUCGCAGGCUGGUUCCACCACUUCCCUUGGAUCCUUCCGGCCGGCCAGUGUUUCCUAUCACAUUGGGCCCACUGACAGUCUACAGCUUGGGUGAGAUUGUCUCUGACCGUCCUGGUUUCCAUACAGAAAGUGCCAUCUACCCUGUGGGGUACUGCAGCACUAGGAUCUUUGCCAGUACACGUCGACCUGUUCACCGCUGCCUGUACACUUGCCAGAUCAAGGACGGUGGUUCCGGCCCACUCUUCGAGAUAGCCCCUGAAGACGAGCCCGGCUGUGUAGUCACUGGCUCCACCCCGGACUCCUGCCAUGCUCAACUUCUUGAGGCUGUGGGUGCUGCCCAACUAGAUCCAUCCGGUGCGGAGUUCUUUGGGCUCUCCCACCCAGCCAUUCAGCAUCUCAUCCAGAGCUGCCCUGGAGCACGGAAGUGCACUGGAUACCGCUGGUUACGCUUCGAAGUAUGCCGUCCUGCAGACGGAGCCCCUCCUGAGGGGUUGCCUUCAGGAAAUCCUGGAACGGACUUUGAGGCAUUCCAAAACCAAGGCCUGGCAGGUCCAGUAGGUCUGGACUUCCCUGCUGCCACCCCUUCUCCACCCAGUGGCAACGGUUAUGCAGAACUGUUCCUGCCAUGUGGUGCUUCAGGAGGGUCCCCUAUUCCCCAGAGCCCAGAAAGUGACACUGACUGAUUUGGAUCAGCCACAUACCCAUGUAGAACUUCAUUUGAAGACCAACAGUGUGGAAUAAUGUUUAACUGUCAUGGCUCAGUUUUAUGGAAUCUUGGUAUUAGUAGUUUGGUGAGGGAUCAAAAAUUUUGUGCUAAAAAGCUCCAAGUGUACAGUAGAAACCCCAGGAUUAUGUAAGACAGUUAAAGUGACAUCAAACUACGAAGUAAAGAUCUACUCCAGGCAGAAUAUGUUCCCUUAUAUAUACCAUUGCAAGUUUUCCUGUUGCUUGCCCUUUUCAUAUUGUUUGAACUGCUGCCCCAGACAUCCUUUACCACAGACUAGGACUG